AAUUGAAACCAACCCUAAGCUCCUUUUAUCUCCGCUCUAGAGGUAGUCCUGAUUAUUGCUGACUUAAGCAUCGGAGUGUCUACCCCGAGUUCCAUCUCGGGGCUUUGCAGGUCAAUCCAGAGUGCAGACGCGGAUUGAAGAGGGACUUCUGGUUUGGUGCAAUUACAUUGGCGCCGUCUGUGGGAAUCCGAACUAAAAGCUUUCUUGUUGCUCUUUCAUCAUGGUUAACACUCGAUUAGUUCGAGCUGGCAAUUCAUCUCUGCCUCUUGGGCAAGGUCAACUCCCCAACAACCUUCCACCUCAGCUCCCACCUCAACUUCCACCUCACAUCCCAAAUAUAUUCCCUCUUGUUGAUCAUGCAGAAGGAGGAGAUGAAAACCAACCUCAUACCUCAGCUCACAACUCAACUUCCAUUGCCAACCAAGACGUAGUGACAGCUCAGCUUGCUGCCAUGCAACAACAGUUCGGUGUUUUUCAGUUGGUACUGGCUCAGCUUUUAGCUAGAAACAAUCCUGGUGAUCCCCUCAUUAAUUUACUGAACCCUGCCCCACAACCCCCAGCUCCACAACAGAAUCCUCAACCAAUCUUUCCCUCUACUUUCCGAGGUAAUGCUCGAACUUGGUAUUACAGUCUACCUCCAAGGUCAAUUAGCUCUUAUACAGAAAUGGCAUCUGCCUUUGCCACUAAGUUUUCCAGUAGAAGGUUGAUCAGGAAAACUACUUCUGAGUUUAUGCGAGUUAAACAGAGGGAUAGAGAAUCUCUGAAGAACUAUAUGAGCAAAUUCAAUGAUGCGGUAUUGGAGGUUAGUUCCUUCAACCAAGCUGUGGGGAUCGCUGCUGUGAUCUCCGGUCUUAACCAUGACAGGUUCAGAGACAGUUUGAUCAAACAUCCUGCCACCACCUUUAGCGAGGUGAAUGAUAAGUCUCUGAAAUUUAUAACUGCUGAGGAAUACGCCCCGGCGCAGAACCCAACUCCCUCUAAGAACCGAAACCCAGAAUGGAAAGAUGACAAUUCGAGCAGGAAAAGGAUGAGGAUGGCACAGAACCGAGGUCCGAUGCUGACCUCCACAUUGAGAUUCGGAUGGCCGAACUCUACACCCCCGCAACAAUCUACAGGUAAACCUCCAGUUAAUUGGACUCCUUUUAAUUUGCCGAGGUCACAGAUUUUUAUGCAGAUCAAGAAUAAGAUCGAUUUAAGGUGUCCUGGCCCAAUGAAGACUGCUGCUACUAGUCGAGAUCAUACCAGAUAUUGUGAUUUUCAUCAAGAUCACGGUCAUACUACAGAGCAGUGCAACAGUUUAAGGUCCGAACUGGAGAGUCUAGCUCAGAAGGGAAUGUUGAAUGAGUACAUUCGGAGAGCUGAACAGCCGAGAUUUGUCAAAGAACAGAGGCCAUAGCCUCAAGGAGUCCGCAAUCCCCCAAACAAGAAAAGUGUGGGAUAUCAACAAGCCCCACCUCCACUCCCACCACUAGCUAGAAUCAUACACAUGAUUACGGGAGGUCUGGAAGCAGGUGGAUUGAGCUCUAAACAACGAAAGCUGUAUGUCAGAGAGGUUAAGCAUCAAAACCGAGCUCAGAAAUGAAAAUUUGACGACGCU